AAUGUAUGAAUCUCCUGGAUCGAGCAAGUAAAGUGGGUUUGUGAGAUGAGCUCUUCAAGCUCACCUACUCGAUCUCAAGGAGAGAGACCAAGGACUUUUGACGGUGAAGCUAAAAGGAUCUGCUGGGCCAAGGCUGAGACUGUACCCGGUCGACAUCCUGAACGCUGGCGGAAAGAUUCCGCCGGAAACAUUCUCUGCAAACGCCUCUUCAAUUGUCAAGGCUGUCUUUGCUUUGAAUAUGAUCACAUCAUUCCCUUUUCCAAAGGGGGUGAGUCCAUAGCAGAGAAUUGCCAGAUCCUUCAGACAAGGGUGAACAGGCUUAAAUCCAAUAAGGAUGAGAUUGAUAUUAGUCGGUUAAAAAGCUACUCCUGUGAUAUCAAGUUCACUGAUAAAGAGCUUGAUGUUAUUGAAAUGGCUGUUUAUGGGGAUGUUCUUCGACCUGGAAAGCAAUGCCGUUGUAGAACUGUUGCUGAAGUGCUAGGCCAAUAUAAGUCAAAGGAUCGGGCUGGUCCCUGCAAGUUACCAUAUGCAGAUGAAUUAUAGCAGGCAGUGAAGAGAACCUUACAUUUCUCAGUUGUAUUGUUUGUGCAACUCAUUAAUAUUGUUGUAUUUCAAUGGCUUCAAUUGAAGUUCAAUUGUUUAUGUAGCUCAGCAGCUAAUUGAGUGAAUUGUUG